CAGUGCAGUGGCAAGUUGUAGAGUGUGGAGUUGUAGAUUGUAUCUACGCGUUCGUGUCGCUUCAGAUUUCCAUCAUCAGAUAGAUCUAGUUCACAACAAAGACGUAGUAGACACUUCGUGAUUUCUCCUGCACAGGCAACAGCUUAUUUCGACGUUUCAGACGUCACAUCCUUUCCAAGGGUCUCGGUGUUUGAUUGUGUUCUCGGUGGACAUCAUGCCGAAGCCGAUGCCUUCGGCACUGAAGUGGACUGUAGGACUCUGUGUUUUCCUACUGCUGGCGCAAGCCUCCGCACUGCCGCAGAAGAGACUUGGCCACUUUAUCAGACACUACGAGCCAGUGAGAUAUGACAAGGAGGAAUUUCACAAACACCACACGGAUUUCUCACGACGGUGGCAGAAGGGUGAAACCAUUCCAUAUGAUUUCACACUCAAGCUUGAGGCUCAUGGCAGGGUCUUUCGUCUGGAGCUUCACCCUGAUGAUGAAGUGUUCGCCCGUGGUGCCAACUUUCUAGAUGGUACUGGCAAUGACUUUGAAAUAGACCGUGCAUCUGUGCUUGUUGGUCGGGUAGCUGGAGACCCGAGUAGCUUUGUGCAUGGAUCCAUGUUGAACGGUCGUUUCCGCGGUAUCAUCACUGCCUUUGGAGACAAGUUUACAGUUGAGCCGUCGUUGGUGCACUUUAACGAUGAGCCGGACUUCCACACAGUCAUGUAUAAGAGCACAGACAUCGACCACGAGAAGGCGUUGUCUAAGCAUUCCUGCGGUGGCCACAACUACACCAGUCACUAUUCUAUGCCAGUGCCCGGCAAUCCUGUCUUCGACGGCUUGCACGCUCACCUCGAAGACGUUGGAAAGUCGCGGCAGCGCCGAAACACGAACUUCAACUACUCCAAGAUUGAGUGCCAUAUCAACAUAGCCGGGGAUCAGGUCUACUCGGAAGAGAUUGCCAGAAUUGAAGCCCUUCCUAUCGCCGACAGGCGGCGCGUUCAGUCAGCUGUCGUGCAAGCACUUGCCCUCUUUGUCAGAGAGGCCAACAGGAUCUUUACAACGACAAAAUUUAUUAAAGAAAGGGUUUCAGACACUCCGGAGGGUGUGAAGAUGGUAAUCCAAACCGCACGUGCUUACAUCACAGAUGCCGACAUGAAGGUCUUCAAGGGCACAGACAGCAAGUUGACUGACCGCCUGCUCAGCGCAGACAGUGUUCUAGACGAUUGGGCCAAGACAACCAUUUGGGACGAAUACUGCCUCUCUUACUUGAUAAGCCACCGUGAUUUUGAGAACAGUAUCUUGGGCCUGGCCUGGGUGUCAGGAAUCUGCAAACAGUUUGAUGGUAGAGUUAGUGCCAAUACCGGUCUGGUGACUACCCAAAAUGCCGGACAAAACAUUCCGCAGACCAUAGCAACACUGGUGUUUGCACAUGAGAUUGGCCAUAACCUCGGCGCCCAGCAUGACAAGGAGAGUCGGUGCACUGACCAGAAAGCUGGACGCUUCAUCAUGUUUCCAUCAGCAAAUAGUGGCAACCUGCCUAAUCACAUGCGAUUCUCUGCUUGUAGCAUUGAACAAUUUGCUCCAGUCCUCAAGCAAAAGGCUUUCGGUCUGAAGUCGACCUGCUUCAAGCCUGACUCACAGGGUCGACUUUGCGGUAACGGAGUCAAGGAAGAGGGCGAGCAAUGCGACUGCGGUGCACACACGGAAUGUAGUGCUCUCGCCCUGACUGAUCGAUGCUGCCAAAUCAAGACGUCAGGAGCACAGAAUCCUGCUGUGGAUUGCAAAUACCCUCCGACGAAGACCUGCUCGUUCCAAGAUGGCCCGUGCUGCUCAGGCUGUUUGUUUGUGCCAGCGUUGGAUAAUCAAACUUGUAGUGAACCGCACGAGUGCCGUCUCGGAAUUGAGACAUGCGAUGGGCUAUCAGCUUUGUGUCCUAUAGCACCACCCAAGGCGAAUGGUCUUGUGUGCAACCGCGGCCGAGCUACCUGCUAUGGAGGUGUGUGCAACGGCAGCCUGUGCGCUAUCGCUGGUGUCGGCGUGGAAUCAUGUGACUGUGAAGGUGCCGGCAACGAGUGUGCCGUGUGCUGCAAGGGUACAGACGGCGCGUGCAAACCUCUGAGCGAGUACAGCUUCAACAAGACCGGCAUCAACCUUAACCGCAUCCCAGGCGCGCCGUGCAACAAGGGAUCGGGGCACUGCAAUUUCCUGAACUUCUGCCGGCGCCUGGACGACACCGGUGUACUUUUCCAGAUCACCAACACCAUCUUCUCGCUGACCACACUUGGUUCAGCCUGGGACUGGGCUAAGUCCGGGUGGUACUAUAUCCUGCUAGGCGUUGCUGGUUUGGUCGCUGCAUUUGCAUUGAUGAUCCAUUUCUGCGCCAAGAAGACACCACGCACCGUGCCCGUAACGCGCAAAGGCCGCGGCACAGAGAUGAAGCAGAGAUUCUGAGAAGGAGAAUGCGCCACCACGCAUGCAGCAUGCCGACCGAGGGAAUGUGCGAUGCGGCGUGCACACGUCAUAACAGAGUAAGCCCUGUGGUCUAGUUACUAUAAUGCUGGUCACAUGGAUAGGGCUCAGGGCAGGGCAGGACAGAGGGCAUGAAGGCAGUCGUCGUGCUUGCACUGCUGGCGACAUUCUGCCUCUGGGUGUUCUCAGUGCUGCUGGCAUUAUAAUGCAUGGCGAAUGGAGGAUGAGUCUAUUGAUUCAGUCGUAUAUUUGAAUAACCACAAUACCGGCCUCCAUCAAAUGUCUUCAUCCCAUGCACACGUGUUCAUGUUCUCCCCGGCAAACCAUUUCCGUGUUUACAUUUAAAGAGAACUUUAAUAUACUGAGAACAACGCUGCACUACUCCGGAUGCACUACUUGCCAUGCAUUUACCGGUAAUUAUCAUUUUCUUGUAGAUACUCUAGUCUAGGUCCCACUGCAAUGGUUUCCUCUUUUGUUCGUUCCAUAAAUAUGUUUUUUUAGGCCAAUUCUUGAGGUGGCCCUGACCAUUGAUGACUAUGUUCCUACUUUUGUCCACACACAUACACCGCGGUCCGUCAGGUGUAGCAUUGUAACGUUAGGGCGCAGUAACUGUGCUUCUACUGCUAGUACUAAUGUAAAUGAAUUCAUCGUUGUAUAUUGCUA